AUGAUCAUACGAACCGUUCAGGACGUGAAACGCGAUAUGAGUAGCCGAUUCGCCACUGAAGAAGCGGCCUCGACAGGGGCGUGGGCGCCGGAUUCGCCACCGAACCGAGCGGCGCCCUCACUCGUGGGAUUGAACGAAUUGCUGAAUAACUUUGCCGAUCACGUGGUCGAGGCAUCGAGGGUGAUUCCGAAUUUUCCGGGUAUCUUCUCCCAAGCCCUUGCGUCGUCAGCGACGAGUGAUUUAUAUGCCCUGAGGGGUGCGGUAGACCUUGCGCGUUUGGAGUUCGCCAACGACGAUGGGAUUUUGUUUGCUCGCGAAUCCACCAGCUUCGGUGAGCGCGGGGAGGGGUCUGAGAAACCUCCUCCGGCGCGAAUGGUCUCGUCGAAAGAAAAGAAUCCGGUCUGGCACGCGCCGGAUCAGCUGAUUCAGAUGCCCACCAAUAAAGAAGCCGGUUUGCGAUCCGGGGGUGAAAAUCUCAGUGCCUACUUAUACAAUAAGUGGCUUAAAACCAAAUCAAUGGGACGUGGUGUGAUAUAA